GCGAGCUAGGGUUCCUCAAGAGCAAGACCACAAGAGACAAAGACCGUGACGAAGAAGACGACGAGGAGCUCCUCUGCAGGAAGUUCUUGGACUGGCGGAGCUCCGUCGUGGACCGGCUGGCCGGGAUCAAGUUGAAUCUGGAAGGAGUCAAGUUCGAAAUGAGCGUGGAGAUCCCUCCCUCCGAAGAUUUUGAGAAGAUGGAAGAAUCUUGGAAGAAAUUCUAUUCUGGGAAUUAUGCAAGCGGUGCGGCCAGGCGGGCAGACACCAUUAUUGUGCAAGGGGUUCCUUCGAGAUGGUUUGCUGAGCCACGAGUGUCUCAAAGGCCUCGAUGCUGGUCACACAUUACCAUUUUUUCGGUGUUUGGGAAAAUAAGGAAUCUUAAUGUUGCUGGCGACGAUGAUCUAGGUAAGAAAGCAGAAGAUGCUGAUGGGGAGAUUGUAUCUGGCCUUAAUUGUAAAGUCUGUGUCCAAUUUGAGCAUUACAGUGACUUCUACAAUGCAAUGAAAGUGCUGUGUGGACGAUCAAUGCAGAAGGAAGGGUCACGCCUGAAAGUAGACUAUGAGGUAACUUGGGACAGAGAUGGUUUCUUCCGAAGUGUUCAUCCAAAACCUACCCAUAGUUACGGGCAAGAAAGGGGUGCCUCUAUGAUGAUGGCAGGACAUAUCAGAAAUGAAACCAUUAGGCAUCAGUCACAAAAUACGCGUUUUGACUCUGAUGGUGCACGCUCUAAAAGGUUCAGGGAAUGAGGUUUAACUGCUCAAAAUCUGGGAGGCAUGGUGGCACCUGGCAAUACCAAAUGCUGAACCUGAGACUUCAAAGUGCAAGUUGCCAAGUAACAGAGCUGAACGACUUUUUUUAUCUUCUUGUAGUCCACAGUCUCAUAUAUUCACAUGUCGAUUUUAAGAAUAACAUUUUGUAUCACCAUGCUUGAAAGUUAUUUAGCUGUUUUAACUCAUUUGAUUGAGAAAAUGAUAGUGACAUGGAUAAAGCCUGACGAAGGCAGAACAUAAUGUUGGUGUCUAGUGAAUACAUCACUUUUUGUUCUAUCGA